GGCCGGCGGAGUCCGGGCCGGGUUUGGGCGCGGGCCGUCGGCGGGGCGGGCGCGCAGGCGGCGGCGGAGGGCUGCGCCCGCGGCUGCCUUGUUGUGUUUCUGUUGCGCAGCGCCAUCUUGGCCGCCGCCGCCGCUGGUGCUGCUGGUGCUGCGGGCCGGGCGCUCGGCGGGGCUGGGAGCGGAGCGGCGCUGCAGCCCCUGGUGCCGGGGCCGACCCCCGCCCGCCCGCCCGCCCGCCCCGUCCUGCCCGCCCGCCCGCCCGCCGGCCGGAGAUGAGCAUCGAGACGCUGCUCGAGGCCGCCCGUUUCCUGGAGUGGCAAGCCCAGCAGCAGCAGCAGCAGCAGCACAAGGAGCGCGGCCAGCAGCAGCAGCAGCGGCAGAGGCGGCAGGAGGCGCCCGAGGAGAAUGAAAAGCUUCACCUGGAGCCCGAGCAGGAGCAGAAGAAGGCCAGCGUGCCGAGGGUUAAUCAUGCCGCUCACCCCGAGGAGCCCCGCAAUGACCUCACGGGGGUCCCUUUGUCUCCACCCACCCCGGCCCCUCCCCCUCCCCUUCCCCCUCCCCUUGCAGCCCCCAUCUCCGUCAUCCCCCUCCCCAUGGUCGCCAGCCCCGCCCGGCAGGUGGCCCAGAGCACCUUGUCCCCGCCUCUCCUCCCACACCACCAACCCCUCGCCCCCACCCCCGGCCUCGGCAAGGAAGCGGCCCUGGUGGCACCCGUGAUCCAGAGGACCUCCGGCUCCCUCCUCCCUGACAUCAAGGCCCCCACCCCCCCUUCUGGCAGCCCCAAGCAGCUCCCCCACUACGCUGCACCAGUCCUGGCCAUCUCCCAGCACCACAUGGUCCAGCACCCUCUCCAGCCACAGCUGCCCUCCCACCAGCCGCUGCAGCAGCACCCAGUGGCCCCCCAGCCCCCCUGCGCUCUGAAGAUGGCUCCCGCCGAGGACACCAAGCCCAGCGAGCAGAAGAAAAGGCCCGGCGGGGUUGGCACUCGGGAGGUCCAUAAUAAAUUGGAGAAGAACAGACGCGCCCAUUUGAAAGAAUGCUUUGAGACCCUGAAACGCAACAUCCCCAACAUCGAUGACAAGAAAACUUCUAACCUCAGCGUCCUAAGGAGUGCCUUGAGAUACAUCCAGGUAAGGUCUGAAAAGGUGCCUUUGGCGCCCCGUCCCUCGUUGCCUGUGCGUGGGGCUCUGGGAGCAUCCCGAUUUGGCCGGGACUCAUGCAUGAGCCGACGUGUUCUUUUUCGGAAAAUGCCUCGGCCGGUCCCCGUGAGGGACGCUGGGGUUUGGGUGGUGCUCCAGUUCCUCACUUCCGGGGGCCUCUGGAGCUGCUCGAGGGACGGUGUGGUCAGCCUGGAGGAUUUGGAGCCUGUGGUGGCUUCUGACAGCCUUCGUUGGCCCAACUUCUUCUGCAGCGAAGGCAUUAUUGGCUCUUCUCUUCUGUGGAGCUUCUCAGAGUUUGCAAGAGGUGGAGUCUGGGCGCUGCUGGUGUUGUUAGAUCUCACCUCCCCGCAGCUGUUCGACGCAGUGGUAGAUCACGACCUUCUUGGUCCACCGCCUGCGGCUGAUGUCCGGGGUCUGUGGAUAUUUUGGAAACGACGGCGUGUUCCAUCUUGGUGCUGCAGCCCAGACAGCAGCUUGCAGGGAGGAGACGUGAUGGGAAGGCUGUCUUGGUCAGACCUCUGUUCCACUGACCUGUUCUUUCUUUGUCCCUCUUUCCCCCCUCCCCUCUCCCCUCCCCCAGAGGGCGAAGACAACAUAGACGAGGACAUGGAAGAUGACCGGCCGGUGAAUUCCUUGCCGAAGCUCACCCAUCGCCAGCACCCCGAGCUCUUGAACCCUCUGCCUCCAAACGCCGCUACCUACCACCCAUCGGUGCUGCCUCUGCCCCAGAAGCAUACCCCGCCCCACACGCAGCCCCCCCUCCAGCCUCAAGCACUAGUCCAGCCCCAGGCCAUCGUCCCCGCACAGACUCACCUGGUGGCUGCCUCCGCGGUGCAAUCGACUGUUAUUGCGCACACGGCCACCACCCACGCCUCUGUCAUCCAGACUGUCAACCACGUCAUUCAGGGCCCCCAGCCCAAGCACAUUGCGCAUAUUGCACCGUCCACCUCCAGCCCGGUCCAGCUGACCACCACAGCUCAGCCCAUCGGCCACAUCACUGUGCAUCCGGCGACCCUCAACCACAUGGCCCACCUGGGCCAGCAGCUCCCCAUUUACCCACAACCUGUGGCUGUCGGCCAACCCGUGGUCAGCCACAUCGCUCACACCAUUUCUCACCAGCAAGUGAACGGAACCACAAGCCUCGGCCAGCCAGCGGUUGUGGCCAAACCUGCCGUAGGAGCCCAAGUGGUCCAUCAUCCACAGUUGGUUGGGCAGACGGUCUUGAACCCGGUAACUAUGGUCACCAUGCCUUCUUUCCCCGUAAGCACGUUGAAGCUGGCUUGAGAGAGUCGCGUGGAGCUCCUGAUGAAACUCCGUACAUUCCAAGUGCAUCCCUGUUCCAGAGGAAGAGAACCACCCCAAGCGCAGGAACACUCGGCCGUGAGAACCGUGUGGAAGAUGGAGCAGGGUGGAGCACUGGCAACAUUAAAAGAACCCCAACCCCCCCUCCCCCGCCCUCCUAAGCAACCCGACAGCUGAGAAAUUGGCUCAGCUCUGCACUUGAACCCCCUCCGAUCAGAGAAAACGUUUAAUGGUCCUUCAUAGUGAUUAAUACUCCCCCCUUUUUACAUGUAAUCAAGAAGAUACAACUUAUAAUAAUGUUCUUAAGACUUUUAAAUUUUUUCCACCCCCCACCCUUUUUUUUGAUGUGUUGCUUCUUUGUAGAAUUUUUUUAAUAAAACAGCUGAUCUCUUUAUUGAGACUUUGCAUAGAGUAAGAAAAAGAAUAAAAUCAUAAAAGAAUAUAAAUAUAUAUAAAUAUAUAUUUAUAUAUAUAUCUACCUGCCUAUAGCUACAUAUAUAUAUAAAUAUGGUUAUCAAUGAAGGCCAUUGAUACAGGUGGAUUCUUUGCAGAAAUAUUAAACACUUUUCCUUCGGACUGAGACGACAGAGCAUCCUUUUAAAAUCAGCAUCUUCAAAGACAGAUGGUUUGGUGGACCAGGGUAAAACCAUAGUGAAACAAACAGGAGCAUAACAUGUGACGGUAUUUCCGUUCAGUAUAUUUGCAUUUCAGUAAACCAUCUAUAGUCACUGUGACUUAUUUUGGCAUUUUAAAAAAAUCCUCUGUCUAAUAAAAGGAGAAAAAAAACA